UUGUGAUCAUGCUUUGUGUGAUGUUAUAUAUGUGUUAUUAUUAUUGUUGUUGGUUGCAUAAAAGGCUAAUUUUUUUUCAUAUUAUAAUAACCAGAAAGAAAACAGUAAGAGAAAUUGAUUUCUUCAUUUUUUUUUCAUCAUCAAAAGUUCAUCAUCCUAUUCAAUAAUAAAAACGUAACGAAAAAAAUGAUUUGACUGUGAUUUUGCUAAUUCAAACAAAAAUAAAAAAAAAACAAUUAUGAAUUUAAUCUGAAUUGAAUACCAAUGAUUUAAUUAAUCAAUUGAUCUACUGAACUAAAUAAAUAAUCAUAAAUUUUUUUUGGUCAUUUGAAAUUUUAACAUACGUAUUUCGAAGAUGUUGUACAUAUUUUGGGUGAACAAUGGAACGAUGAUGACAUUCGAUAUGAAUCUGGCGAUUGAAACUGUUGAUAAUCUCAAACGAACCAUUUAUGAACAAUAUAAGAUACCAAUCUUAAGCCAGGUAUUAUUGAUCAGUGGUGGUGAAAGCCUUAAUCCAGAUGAUCGUGUUUGUCAAUAUUCAUCGGCUGGUACCGAUACUAGUCCAAUAUUUUUAUUCUGCAAAAAUUAUGAAUUAUCAAUGGAUUUAGAUCAAACAUAUUCAACACAUCAACAACAACAACAUAAUGAUGAUGAUAUGAAAGAUCGUGUACAAUCAUGUCUACAAAUGGAACCAAAUUUUAAUACGGUCGUUUCGCGAAAUGAAAUGGCCAUACAAUUAUAUGAAACAGAUGGUUCAAUAUAUCAUCUUUGUGAACGAUUAGUACAUGAUCAACAUCUGCAGCAACAGAGUUGGGCAGCUGUCGUUGCAAAUCUGGAAGAUCUUGUCGCAUCAUUUGAAAAUAAAGCUCGUAAAGCAGAAUUACUUUAUGCCGAUAUUUUGCGAAAUAAAUCAUCAUAUCUAAAUUUGUUGAAUAAUUUUAAGGCGGACAAAGAGAUUCUUGCAAAAAUUCCAAUACUACAUUCAUUGAUACCAAAAAUGGAUGAUUCCCAAUAUUGUCAAAUAUCAUUGCUUGAUUGGAUUCUUCAAAAAGAUAGCCAUAAUGUAUUGGAUGUCCUAUUCUGUAUGGAAGAAUUGAAUGAAUAUGAUGAGGAAAAACUUGGUAAUCUGCGAUCAGAUGUCAACAGGGUACUCAGUGAAUGUAAUAAUAGCGAUAUGAAAGAAAUCAAAGGUCUAACACAACGGUUAUCAGCAUUAGAACAAUUUAUACGUGCAGCGAAAAAAAAUUACGAAAAACAAGGUAUCCUUACCAAAGGAUUUAAACAGAAUCAAUCACGCAUUUCGGAUCUCAAGGAUCCAAGUAUUUUACCAGAUUUAUGUCAAAAUCAUUCCGAACAAUUGCAAACAAUGUUAAAUAAUCAUCUGGAACUAAUUGAUUUGGAACAUAAGUUUCGUGAUGCUAAACUAGAAUUAUCAAGGAAUUUGAAUCAACGUUUACGAUGGAUUAUACAUGUAGAGGAGCAGAUCAUACAUAUUGAUGAAACGGUUGUCCUUGUUGGAAUUAAACUACAAAAAUUACGUACCAAAUUGGAAAUUAUUCAAAGCUUACAUACAAGCCCGAAAAUUUAUCUGGAUUCUAUUAUUGAAGUUUUACGGCGGAAAAUGUUCACAGAUAUGUUUUAUGGUUGGGCUGAAAAUAUUUCCCGACAAGCUAAACGUUUAAUCGAACGAGAACAAGAAUUACGACAAAAAUUUUCUGAACAAAUUGAUAAUCAUUUUCUUCGUUGUUUUUUUCCCGGUAUGAAUGAGAUGCCAGAAAAUUUUAUUGAUGAACCAAAUCGGAUCGAUCAAUCACUACCUCAUAUAACGAUGGAUGAUGUUGAACAUUUACGAAAUGAAUUGCCCGAAAUGUUCAAUGAACUAGUCGUGCCUUCAAUUGUGCCUGAUUUUUUGAACAAUGAAAUUACCGUUGUUGAAACUGUCGAUCAUUCAAAUAUUGCCACAACGACUGAAUUAUCGUUGAUCGAUAUUAGACAUCUGGAAUCGAAUGAAUUAAAUAUGCGGAAAAUAAUUUCGGAAAAAGAUAAAAUUAUUGAAAAUCUUAUGGAAAAUCUAAACAUUACCAAAGUGGAGAAUAAAAAUCAACGAAAUCUGUUAAAACUGUUGCAAUCUACAUUCGAUGAUUUGAUCGAAUUCUUUCAUACUAAUCAUCCGGAUCGCUUAAAACAACAUUUAUCAACAUAUGGGCAGAAUUUUCUCAAUGAAAUUGAAACGUUCAAAUCACAUUUAAAUGAAAUUACGAAUGCAAUGAAUCAGCUGCAAUCAUAUUCAUCGCAAGAUAAACAGACCAUUUCUGAAUUAACCGAAAAGAUCGAAGAUUUUGAAAACCAAGUGAAACAAAAAAAUUCUCAGCUUAAAGCUUGUAAUCAUAAAUUAUCGGAAGAAAAGAUCAAAAAUCAAGAAUGUUGGAAACAGAUUCAGGAGCAAUUUGCCAAAUUAGAAGCCUUUAAAGUUGCCAUUAAUGGUGAAAAAGCAAUCAUUAAUAAUUUCCGUUCAUCAUAUCAGAAUUUGAAUAUGGAUUUUCAAAAAUAUCAUGAGGAAAUUAUGAAUUUAUUUUCCGAAUUAAAUAAUGAAAGAUUACGUUUGAUCGAAGAAACAAUAUCGACAUUGAAUGAAAAACAUGAAACGAAUAUUGAAUCCGUUCGACAGGAGAUUUCGAUGGAAAAAGAUCGACAAAUACAGAAACUACGUGAUCAAUUAAAUUUUGAUCAUAAAAAUGAAUUGGAAUCAUUACGACAACGUUUUAAAUUGGCCAUAUCGACAACAUCGAUUGAACGAACAGCAUCGGAAACAAGUCUAGAAAAAGUUCAACUAGAUAUUGUUGAUCAAUCAGCACAGGAAAAAGAAAUACAAAAACUAAAAUCCAUGUUGAAUGAACAACGAAAUGAACAUGAACAAACCGUAGCAUUGAUUCGAAAUGAUCAUGAAAAAAUGAUUCAAUCAUUAAGAAAUGAAAUGGAAAAACAACAACAAUCAUCAUUACGGGAAAAUUUUGUAAAGAAAAAAUCAAUGAAUACUGAAUUUGAAAUGAAUGUUGACUUCAUUAUGCAAAAAAUGUCUUUAUACGAAUCAUUUAUAUCACGUUUGAAUGCAAGAAUCGAUACAAAUCCGGAAAAGAAUAUAAAAUCUGAAGACAUUGUUGCUGGAUUAUCGCAGGAUUUUAAUGAUUUUAAUCGAAAUAUGGAGCUUUUAAAUUCACGUUCAUUUAUUUCGAUACCAACGACACCAGAUAGCCCAAAAUUGACAUCAAAAUUAGCUCAACAUUUUAUUGUUAAUCUUGAUCCAAAUAUUGAUAAUAAAAUAACUGCAAACAGUUGUGAGAUUGGCAACACUGUUCUUGUUUAUUAUGAGAAAAAAUAUGAAAAUUUCAUCGUAUUCACAGCAUUGGAUAACUUACAUUAUAUACAUUCAGAUUCGUUGAAAGAAUGUGAUAUAAGUAAAGAUCCCAUUACGAAUGAAUAUGAUUGGAUCAUUGCCAAAGUGACUGAAAAAGAAUAUUGUCAAAUAAAAAAAAAAGAGAAUCGCUAUAAACUUCCGGUGAAUACAAAAUUUUAUCGUGUAAAAAUACAACCAAUUUCGAAAUGUCCACCUAAUCCAGAGAAAUUAAAACAAUUAGCACAAACAAAUCGCUCAAUAAACAUGUCAACAUCAUCAUCAUUGUCAUCAUUAUCAUCAUCGACAACGAAUCGAAAUAUAUUAUCCAAUUUUAUGUCAUUAUUUGCCAUUAGUAGUAGUGGUCCUGGUGCUGGCAUUGAUAGUAGUAAUUCAAUGACCGAUAUUUCAUCAUCAUUGACACGAUCCUUUUCCAAUUUCGACAACAAAGAAUAAGAUAAUCAUCGAAAAGACGCACAAUAAAUAAACAUUUUUUACAUCUAUAUUUUCAUAAAUUUCAUAUGUAGAUUUCCUUUGUUUUUUUGUUUGUUUAGUUUGUUUUUGUCAAAAUUCUUUUUUUUUCUUGUUUGUCUUAUCUGAACAUUUCAUUUGGAUCAUAAGCAUUGAUAUUAUCUUGAUAAUGAUGAUUAUUGCUACUGAUACUGUAAUUAUUAAAUUCUUGAUUAUCACCA